AUGAGCAGUAGGGUUGGCAAGCACUGUCGGAAAAAACUUGAAAGCUUGUUUGGAGUUUUCAUAACACUGCCAGAAUAUUUGGCUAGGUUGGGGGUAUCCCAGUUAAACUGGGAUGCACUUAACCAGUUAAGCUAG